CGCAGCCCGCUGGUCUCAGUCCCGAGGCGCAGCGGUGAGCGCCCGGGUCCAGCGCGGAGUGCAGUGCGGGGAAGUCCGGGCCGCCGCAACCCACAUCCCGUACCUGGAGCCCGCACCCCACGCCCCGCACCUGGACCCUGCACUCCGCACCCCGUGCCUGGCAUGGGCUGCUCCGCCUGAGCGUCUCUCCAGACCCGCGUCCCCGAGGCGAUGGCGAAGGCGACGUCCGGCGCCGUGGGGCUGUGGCUCUUGCUGCUGCUGCCACUGCUCGGCGAAGCCCCCCUGGGCCUCUACUUCCCGAGGGACGCCUACUGGGAGCGGCUGUACUUGGACCAGCCGGCCCACACACCACUGCUCUAUGUGCACGCUCUACAAGACAUGCCUGGGGAGGUCCCCCGUUUCCACGUGGGCCAGCACCUCUAUGGCGUCUACCACAAGCCACUGCACAAGAACGACUGGAUCCGUGUGGAGGACACUGGUCUUCUCUACCUCAACCGAAGCCUGGACCGUGACUCCUGGGAGCAGCUCAGCCUGCGGAACGGCGGCUUCCCCCUGCUGACCAUCUUCCUGCAUGUCUUCCUGUCGUACCCGCCCCUGAGAGAAGGCGAGUGCCACUGGCCGGGGUGCACCCGAGUAUAUUUCUCCUUCAUCAACACCUCCUUCCCUGCCUGCAGCUCCCUUUCACUCCGGGAGAUUUGCUUCCCGGAGAACGGGCUGUCCUUCCGCAUCCGUGAGAACAGGCCGUCCGGCACCUUCCACCAGUUCCGUCUGCUGCCCGUGCACUUCCUGUGCCCCAACAUCAGUGUGGCCUACAGGCUCCUGCAGGGUGACGGUGGCCCCUUCCGCUGUGCCCCGGACAGCCUGAAGGUGAGCACGCAGCGCGUGCUGGACCGGGAGCACCGGGAGCGCUUUGACCUGGUGGCCACAUGCACCAUGCGCUCUGGCGCACAUGAGGACGAGGUGCGGGAGCCCUUCCUGGUCACAGUGUACGACGAGGACGACUCGGCGCCCAGCGUGUCGGGGGUGGGGGACACGGCCAAUGCCGAGGUGGCUUUCCGGCGCAAGGAGGGCACAGUGGUGGCCACACUACGCGUGUUCGACGCGGAUGUGGUGCCUGCCUCGUCGGAGCUGGCCCGGCGCUACACUGGCACACUGCUGCCGCGGGAUCCCUGGGCGCAGGAGCACUUCCGCCUGGAGCACGUGCCCAAUGAGACCCGCGUGGCCGCGGAGGGUGGCGGCACCGUGCGCGCCACAGUGCACGACUUCAAGCUGGUGCUCAACCAGAGCCUGCCCAUCUCCGAGAGCCGAGCCCUGCAGCUGGAUGUGCUGGUCAACGACUCCACCUUCCAGGGCCCAGGCUCAGGCGUCCUCCUCCUCCACUUCAACGUGUCAGUGCUGCCCAUCCACCUGCGCCUGACCAGCACCUACUCUUUCUCCGUGAGCAGGAAGGCGCACCGUUAUGCCCAGGUCGGCAAGGUCUGUGUGGAGCACUGCUGGGAACUCAGCGGUGUCCGUGUCCAGUACAAGCUGCAGCCAUCUGGUGUCAACUGCAGUGCCCUGGGGGUGCUCAGCUCAGCCAAGGACACCUCAGGGACCCUGUUCGUGAACGACACGGAAGCUUUACAGCGGCCUGAGUGUGAUGAGCUGCAGUACACAGUGGUGGCCACCGACCAGGAGACCCACGCUCAGGCCCAGGCUGCACUGCUGGUCACUGUGGAGGGGACAUACGUGGCUGAGGCAGCGGGCUGCCCCCUAUCCUGUGCAGUCAGCAAGAGGCACCCGGACUGUGAGGAGUGCGGUGGCCUGGGUGCCCUGUCCGGCCGGUGCGAGUGGCGGCAGGGUGAUGGCAAAGGGAUCUCCAGGAACUUCUCCACCUGCUCCCCCAGCACCAGGACCUGCCCUGAUGGCCACUGCGAUGUCGUGGAGAACCAGGACCCCCACAUCUGCCCCCAGGACUGCUUGCGGGGCAGCAUUGUUGGAGGGUAUGAGCCUGGGGAGCGCCGGGGGAUUAGAGCCGGACAUGGUACCUGUAGCUGCUUUCCAGAGGAGAAGAAGUGCUUCUGCGAGCCCGAGGACAGCCAGGCCCCCCUUUGUGAUGACCUAUGUCGCACGGUGAUCGCAGCAGCUGUGCUCUUCUCCUUCAUCGUCUCGGUGCUGCUGUCCACUUUCUGUGUCCACCGCUACCACAAGCAUGCACACAAGCCUCCCAUCGCGUCCGCAGAGAUGACCUUCUGCCGUCCUGCCCAGGCCUUCCCCAUCAGCUACUCCUCAGCGGGAGCCCGCCGGCCCUCACUGGACUCCAUGGAGAACCAGGUCUCUGUGGACACCGUCAAGAUCCAGGAGGACCCAAAGUGGGAAUUCCCUCGAAAGGACCUGGUUCUCGGGAAGACCCUGGGAGAGGGCGAGUUUGGGAAGGUGGUAAAGGCCACGGCCUUCCGCUUGAAGGGCAGAGCUGGCUACACCACAGUGGCCGUGAAGAUGCUGAAAGAGAAUGCAUCCCAGAGUGAGCUUCGGGACCUGAUGUCCGAGUUCAAUCUCCUGAAGCAGGUCAACCACCCGCACGUCAUCAGGCUAUACGGGGCCUGCAGCCAGGAUGGCCCGCUCCUCCUCAUCGUGGAGUACGCCAAGUAUGGGUCCCUGCGGGGUUUCCUCCGGGAUAGCCGCAAGGUAGGGCCUGGCUACGUGGGCAAUGGAGGCAGCCGAAACUCUGGCACCCUGGACCAUCCGGACGAGCGGGCACUGACCAUGGGCGACCUGAUCUCCUUCGCCUGGCAGAUCUCCAGGGGGAUGCAGUACCUGGCUGAGAUGAAGCUUGUGCACCGGGACCUGGCAGCCAGGAACAUCCUGGUGGCCGAGGGGCGAAAGAUGAAGAUCUCAGACUUCGGGCUGUCCCGAGACGUAUAUGAAGAGGACUCCUACGUGAAGAGGAGCAAGGGCCGGAUUCCUGUCAAGUGGAUGGCAAUCGAGUCCCUGUUCGACCAUAUCUACACCACCCAGAGUGACGUGUGGUCCUUCGGGGUCCUGCUGUGGGAGAUUGUGACCCUGGGGGGCAAUCCAUACCCCGGGAUUCCUCCCGAGCGGCUCUUCAACCUCCUGAAGACAGGCCACCGCAUGGACAGGCCGGACAACUGCAGUGAAGAGAUGUACCGCCUCAUGCUGCAGUGCUGGAAGCAGGAACCAGACAAGCGGCCCACGUUUGCGGACAUCAGCAAAGACCUGGAGAAGAUGAUGGUCAAGAGCAGAGACUAUCUGGAUCUCGCAGCAUCUACCCCAUCAGACUCACUGCUGUACGACGAUGGUCUCUCGGAGGAGGAGACACCACUGGUGGACUGCAGCAGCACCCCCGUCCCUCGCGCCCUCCCCUCCACAUGGAUUGAAAACAAACUCUAUGGCAUGUCAGACCCGAGCUGGCCUGGAGAGAGUCCUGUACCACUCCCGAGAGCCGAUGACACUAACACUGGGUUUCCAAGAUAUGCAAAUGAUAGUGUAUAUGCUAACUGGAUGGUUUCACCCGCAGCGGCAAAGUUAAUGGACACACCUGAUAGUUAACAUGUCUGUGUGCACGGUCAUGGACUCACGAGGGAAAGAACAUGCCGAGAAUGGACAGUCCAUCGGCCCAUCCUGUGCUCGUCCCCCUAGCCAGGCCAGGCCCGAGUGGCAGAUUCUUUCCUGGUAGUUUGUUGUAACUGGUUUCUCUCCUGAUGGCCGGUGACGUCCCUCCUGGCAGAUGUGGCCGCUGGGUGAGUGCUCUUGAGUCCUGGCACUAAGGUGUCCUUCCCCUUUCACACCGGGCAGCCCCUUGGUCUGUGCCCACCAGUGACUACCAUGUGCUCCUGGCCCCGUGUAGGCUUGCCACUCGCUUGUGUGAGAAAUUAUACCUGAACUGUCUGAUUUUCCUGGUUGCCACUGAAACAGUGCAACAAGUUCAAACCGUGAAGCACACACACACACACACAAACACAUGUGUGUGCACAUGCACACACACAGGCAGUAGGAAACCCUGGCCAGUAGCCUGGCCUGACUCAGAAGGAGGCUACCGGGCCUGGAUGGUGACAACAACCAGCACCACUCCAACCCCAGGACUGGAGGGAAUGGGGGACCAGGACAGGCCUCGGCUCCAAAUAUGAGAGCCUAUAAAUGGUUUUUUAAAUCACGUAGCCUUUUCUUAGGAAGACAUUUAUUUUCACCAUUAUUUAAGCGAUUCUUAGAUUUAGCACAAUGGGGAUCUGAUGCUGCCCUUGCUGUGUGCCCAGCAGCUUUGAGGAGGGGCUUGAAGACAGGUCCAGGCCUUGCAUGGCGGUGUGGGGUGACCAUGACCCUGCCACCACAGCACAGAACACGGCAGUCUCUGGUACUCGAUCACCCUCACCUCUGCCCUGCCAUGUGCCCUCUGUGGAGAGCAGUAUGCCGAACAGGUGGGUCUGUGCUUGUGUCAGUGCAUCCCAUAGCACUCCCUCCUGAAAAGACAGACCUGCUAGUUGUGUUAGAAGCACUGCAGACCACUGCGCCUGACUGCAGCUCUGCCAUGGGAAGAUACCAGGUUGCUCUCAAAGAGCUCAUGCCUGGCUCUUCCUGUUCACAGACAGCAAGGCAUUUUGGUUUUUUUGAUUCUCACCGUGACUCAGAUGUAAGCUUCUUGUCACUGCACCCUGGUGUGGUCACACUCUGCGCCCCUGCAGCUGUGGGGGUGGCCACGGGAGUCCAGGCCUAUCAUGUCUCAGGAAGGGGCCGCACCACCAGAACACUGCCUGAUCUUCAGACAUCAGCACUGUAAGAAGACUUUGAGUGGUCUCCAUAAACGCUGCACUUUGUGGGCACUUCACAAAGCAGAGAAUGAUGGCAUUUGGGUGGUAGGAGGGCCUGGAUGCCUGUGUGACAGCCCUGUGGAGGGUGUGCAUGUAGGCGCACACACACAUCCAGAGAGAGCCAAAACACGCUCACAGGGAUGUGUAACAUGGCUUUAGUUUGGGCCAUUUUCCAGAUACACUGUGAUAAGUUCUACAAAUACUGUAGUCAUGGCAAACUCCUGGUUUUCAGAUGAGCUUCAUGAUAGUUUUACUAAAUGCAGAACUAGGAAAAACUCAAGUUACUAAAAUGUCCACCCAGUAAGUGUGAAUUGCUACAGUUGGUUUGCUGUCAUGGGACAAGACCUCCAGGUCUAAACACUUGCCCAGGGAUGGGGAACUAUCACUUGCCUAGUAACCCAGCCAUCUGAGUUGCAAAAGUACCCGUGCCUAUUAGUCCUAUCAGACAACUUUCAUACACAUAUAUGCAAACGUUGCUAAGUAUUGUGUUACCCAGUAUUAAAUAGCAAUCUGUCAGCUAUUAAAAUGUGUGAAAUCCAUUUAAGAAAGGUUAUUAAACCACACCAUGUUAAUUUGUUUUUGUAGUCAAGGUGACUAAGGAAAUAAUUUCAGUUGUAUAAAUAAAAUCAUGUAUCAUAAUA